AUGCGGCCUCAGCAUUUGCAUCAUAACAGACCUUCCACUCCAAUAUUGGAGAAGCCACUCAAAACGACAAAAUUUGUUCCUUUGGAUGAGGAAUAUUUCAUACGACAGUACUGCCCGGUGACUUUAAAUCAUUUACUUCCGGAUUUACAACUGACAUAUUUAAAAACACGAUCCGAUGGUGCAUUGGAAUAUGAAGAAGAUUUGAAAUCGAAAUUCGAGAAGCACUUGGAUGAGUCACACAGGCAAAUAUCCUGUUGCUCUUCAACGGAAUCAGAAUCAGAAUCUAAAGAAGAGGAAGAUUUUGCUGAUAAAAUACAAAAUGACUUGAAUUCUUCAAGAAUAUCGAGCAAUAAUUCCAAAAACAGCAUUAAACAUCUGCUUCUUCCGAAUAAGGUGAACUAUCCCGACGAAAAAAUGCCAGAAUCGUUGUUUCCGGAAGUAAUAUUGAACAAUAGCAAGUCAAAAGUGUUACCAAUCAAACUGACAAAUUUAUCUGAAAUUGAUAAACAAAAGGAAGAACAGCAACAUGUCACAGACUGUUUUGAAGCUCUUGAAGGAAGUACUGUCAAACAUUCUCUUUCCAGAAACGGGCAACAGAUUUCGAUUUCGCCGCCCAUAUUCUUGAAGGAGUACACUGCCGGUUGGAACAAAAACUCGAGCUCCAUUCGAUGUUCCAGAUCCAAAUCAACACCCCCUUCGAUUCCCCGUCAUUAUUCUGAUGUUCCUUGCCACGAGGAGGAUCGAAUAAUUCCGCCAUCUCCUUACUUGGGUCUGCUAGCGAAUCUCAAAAGAGACUGUCUGAAAAUGGAAGAAAAGAUGCUGCUGAAAGAAAGACAAAUUUUAGAAGUUGAAAGAUUGCGUCCUCCUGCUAAGAGAUGGUAUGAAAUGAAAAAUCAACAAUUCCACAGAGAAAUGCAGAGACAUAACGUUUAUUUGAACAAUGAGAAGAUUCUACCCUUGAUUGAAGAAAGAAGAAAACAGUUGUACGAUGCACUGAUGACAUGA